GUUCCCCCUUCAGCUUGACGCCAUUUACAGCCCAAAUCCCGACCUCCUCUCCGGAAAGAGCAAAAAAAAAAAAAAAAAAAAAACUCACACAUGAGAAAAAAUACCAACUCGCCAACCCUCAGAGCCUUGCGGAUAAAACCCACCGAAUUAAUACUACUUCUGAGCUGGAGUUUUGUCUCUCAGUUGUCCCUUUUUCUCCCUUCUGUACUUCUUCUGCAAAAGUGAAGUGACGUUUACACUCCGCCGGUGAUUGAUUGUGAAGUUUUCGUUUUAAUGCCUCGUGCUCUUGCGCAAAACAUGGGAUUUACGUCUUAGCGCUGCCUUUAAUGAAAAUGCGCCCCGGUUGUUGGGAACUUUCUCAAUGGAUUCUACCGACGGCUUUCCAGACUGACUUGUUGAUGUAUGGAAUAAACACGCUUUCAAAUUGGAUUUACUUCACCUAAACGGGAGCUAAAGGGUCGAAAGCACGGACUUCAGAUGUGUCCCAUGCCAGCCACAGUGACUCUUCAGUCCCGAUAUGGAUUCCACAAGUCAGAACGACAGAGACGGGGGAGGAGGACGCCACGGCCGGUCACCGCCACCGGCCGGCACGCCGGAUACGCCGCAUGACGAAAGGAGACCACAACCACGGCCUCCGCAAACCCAAGGUGGUUCGCCAGAUCCUGGGUUGACCAACGGGACCCAUACGCCGGCAGUGCUGUCUCUGGAUCAGAUCAGCAUAACCGGGAGUAGUAAUGAGUACACAGAAGGGCCCACGGUUGCCCAAAUCUCUCCAGCCUCUCAGCACAGGAGACAGAAGAGUGACUUGGUUAUGUCGCCAGGUCCACGGUCCAGUGGGCAGCAGGAGACUGUGGAAGAGGGGCCCAAUAAUCUCCGUAACCUGCGUUCAUUGACUGAGUAUGGAAACACAAAUACGUCCAUCCCUUCCAGGGAGGGCGCGCUGCCGUCCUCCAGCGCCGAGGACUCCCAGAGCAGCAUCAGGACCAGCGUAGGGAGUACUUCGUCAGGCCAGCGUCUCCUCAGCAGCCCGGCAGGCAGUAACCAGAUAAUCAGAACCCAGCCGAAAUGCGCGGAGCUGAAUUCCGAAGAGCUGAAGCCCCUGAGCGGUGAGUGCAGGGCCGUGUUGGCCAAGCCAGGCAGCGGAAGCUACAAAAAUCACGGCACGCACGCCAACAAGUGCGAGGACUGCGGCCGGUGCCGGUGCCCAGAGUGCAGCCGCCCGCGGGUGCUCCCUUCCUGCUGGAUGUGCGGCCACCGGUGCGUGUGCUCGGCGCAGAGCGCGGUGGAGUACGGGACGUGCAUCUGCUGCAUCAAGGGGCUCUUCUACCACUGCUCCAGCGACGACGAGGACACGUGCGCCGACAAGCCCUUCUCGUGCUCGCAGUCGCACUGCUGCGUCCGCUGGGCGGCGGCGUCGCUCCUCGCCGUGCUCUUCCCCUGCGUCCUGUGCUACGUCCCGGCUAAAGGAUGUGUCGCCUUGUGCCAGUGCUGCUACGACCGAGGCACGCGACCCGGCUGUAGGUGCAAGAACACAAACCCAAUCCACUGUGAGGAUGUUGGCAAGCCAGCGUAGACAAAGAUGGUGAUGUUAAAAUGCAAGAAGGAUGAAAAGACUCCAUGUUGACUGAACCGAUAGAUGGUCCUGUAGUUCAGAGGUUUGCUUUAGAGAGCUAAUGAUGCUUGAGUUUUAGUUUUUUUUUGUGUGUGUUCCCCAUCUAGAUCUUCACGCCUACCAGAUCUGGGCAGAAACAUAGUCCCAUUUUGCCUUCAGUUGUCAACUUUUAAUGUUCGGUUGACGAAACUGGAGGUGCAUUUACUCACCCUAACAUUAUGAGUUUCACUUCACCAGGUAAACCAAAAUAAGCGCUCCACAUGUCAUAAGGUAUGAAGACAUAUUCAAAUACUGUUUUAAUCCUGAAAAAUAAUUUCUUCACUCAAGUGCCCAGAUAUCGAGUUGUUGCUAUGAGAGUCCAAAUGGCUUUUUUUUUAUAUACACAUUUAAUACAACUUAUAUGCUAAGAACAGACUCCUAUUAUUAACUGUAUGUAAAGUAGGAAAUGCAAAAGGUAUGUACAUUAGAAAAUUAGUUUGACAGAUGUUUUAUUUUUGUACAUAUAAUAAUACUUCAACUGUGAAAAGUUUUCUGCCAUAUCUGAGGCACCUUGAUAAAUCCACAUUUAUAUGAAUCAGUAAACAGUUCAUUCAUACAAUGUUUGUACAUUCACUGGAAUGUAUAUCAAUCAUUUAAUGUAAUUUACAAAGGAAAAGUCUGAUCCCUUCUACUUGUAAAUUGUACAGUGACCUUAUAUGAAAAAUUUAUUUUCUAAUUCCAACAUUGCUUAGUGUAAAGUUAAAAAAAAUAUAUAUAUUUAUUUGAAGGUUUAUUAUUUUAUAAUGAAAAAUAUUUAUUUUGAGGAAGCAUUGUUAAUGUGUCACCUCUCACGGGGGCUACUCUGUAGUCGCUGCAGAUUCUGAGGUGACCUGUAGGUGUGUCAACGCUGGAUCAAUAGUUCACUAUGAAUUAGAAGACAAAUAUAUUAACGUUUGAAAUUAAACAACCUUGAAGUCA